AUGGAUCCCUCCCAGGUCAAAAUCCCUCCGAUGAAGAACCUCACGGUGGACAACAUCACCGAGAAUGUCAUUAAAAUCAACAGUCUCUGCGAAGACCCCCGCAUGAAAUACAUCCUCGAGAGACUAGUCACCCACCUGCACGAUUUCGCGCGCGAAACCCGCCUCAGCAGCGACGAAUGGAUGACAGGCCUCCGCUUCCUAACAGAAGUUGGCCAAAUCACCACCGACGUCCGACAAGAAUUCAUCCUCCUGUCCGACGUGCUCGGUCUCUCAAUCCUAGUCGACUCAAUCGACCACCCCAAACCCCCCGGCUCAACCGAAGGAACCGUCCUGGGCCCCUUCCACACCCACGAUGCCGAAGAGAUGGCCCCCGGCCAGAGCAUGUCCCACGACCCCAACGGCGAGCAAUUACUCUGCGUGUGCACCAUCAAGGAUAUGGCCGGGAACCCGGUCGAGGAUGUCAAGAUCGAUAUCUGGGAGACGGAUUCGUCGGGCCACUAUGAUGUUCAGUAUGCUGGCCGUGAGGGCCCCGAUGGCCGGUGCAUUAUGCGCUCCGAUGCCGACGGUGUCUUCUGGUAUAAGGCGAUUACACCCGUGCCGUAUCCCAUUCCGCACGAUGGGCCGGUGGGCAAGUUGUUGACGAAGUUGCAUCGCCAUCCGUACCGGCCUUCGCAUAUGCAUUUCAUGUUUGAGAAGGAGGGUUAUGAUCAUUUGAUUACUGCUCUCUAUCUCCGCAAUGAUCCGUAUGAGACUUCCGAUGCUGUCUUUGGUGUGAAGGAUUCUCUGUUGGUUGAUACCGGAAAGGUUGGACCCGAGCUGUCCAAGAAGUACGGCGUUCCGGAGGGCCAGGCUUUGCUCACGUAUGACUUCGUGCUGGUCACCGACGAGGAGACUAGUCAGCUGCGGGCUCAUAAUUCCAAGGUUGCGCUGGACCAGUUGGGUCGGAAGGUGAAGAUCAUCAAUGGUUUGCCGGUGCCGGAUUUAGAUUAG